AAUGCAAAUAUCAUGUUUACCCCUGACAGACAGCACCAUUGUGCAUAACAAAUUUUCUUCUUCUACCUGCGCAUUUAGUUAUCAGCUGAUUUGACAAAAACUUUGAGCUCAAAAUGGAAAGAAGAGAAAAAAUACGUUUAGCAGCUAUUUUGUUGGCAAAAAACAAUUACUUAUUUAAAAAGAAACUUAACAUUCUUCUCUUAAAAGUAUUCAACAAUAUGAAAAUAAUUAAUGCAUUGGCAAGCAUAGACCUUACCACGAUGUUUGAAGCUGGGAUUGUUACACUUCCUGAUAUAACAGAAAGGCAGCUGUGGAAAUUGGAUCGCAGUGGCGCUUUUUGGGAACGUGAUGUGCCUUUAAUGGACGAAAAUCGUUUCAAAGAAAAUUUUCGACUCAAUAGAAAUGCUUUUCGGAUAAUUUGUGAAAAAGUUCGAGGCAUCGAAAAGGCGGACACUCAUAUGAGGCCAUGCAUUCCACUUCAUAAAAGAGUUGCUAUCUCACUAUUCGCAUUGGGAUCUGCAGCGGAGUACAGGACUGUUGCAAGUCUUUUCCGAGUAGGACGCAGUACUGUUGGUGAAAUUGUUUUGGAUUUUUGCCAAGCAGUAUGCGAAAAUCUAUCUGACUGCAUUAAUUCCUAUCCUCCAAAUCAACGCGAAAUCAGAAAAGUUGUUGAUGGAUUCGCGCGAAUUGGGUUUCCUCAAUGCUUUGAAGCUGUGGAUGGCUGCCACAUAGUAGUUCAACCACCAAAAGAUGAUGCAACAGACUAAUACAAUUACAAGGGUUGGUAUUCAGUGAUCUUGCUGGCGAGCUGUGA